CGACCCAGCGAUGCUUUUACUGCUGGGCAUGUUCAGCCCAUCAUUAGAAUUCACAGUCAGGGAGGAGAACCUGCUGAAAGUUGCCAUGAUGGAAGACUACUGUUAAUUAAUCCGCUAAUGGAAAAAUCAGUACUUUCUUUAGAGUCUGAUGUGCUACCUGAAUACAAACUCCAUGUGCCAGAGACAACAUGGUGGAUCUUGCUUCACUACAGCCCCUUCAAAGCGUUUUGGGACUGGAUUAUUCUCCUUCUGGUCCUCUACACAGCCGUUUUCACUCCUUACUCUGCUGCCUUCCUCUUGGAUGAACAUGGGGAUUUACGGCAAAGGCGUUGUGGCUACACCUGUAAUCCUCUGAAUGUGGCAGACCUCAUGGUAGAUGUGCUGUUUAUUGUGGACAUAGUCAUCAACCUUCGUACGACAUACGUGGACCAAAACGACGAGGUGGUCAUACAGCCCAGCCGAAUAGCCAAGCAUUAUAUCAAAGGCUGGUUCCCCAUUGAUCUGUUUGCAGCAAUUCCUUUUGACCUUCUUGUUUUCAGAUCUGGCUCUGAUGAGAUGGCCACCUUAACAAGCCUGCUGAAAACAGCUCGACUGUUGAGAUUGGUCCGUGUGGCGAGAAAGCUGGACCGAUAUUCUGAAUAUGGAGCAGCUGUCCUCUUCUUGCUCAUGUGCACUUUUGUCCUCAUCGCCCAUUGGUUAGCCUGCAUUUGGUACGCCAUUGGCUUUGUGGAGAGGCCAUACACGGAGACCGGUUGGCUGGACAACCUGGCUGAACAACUGGGAAAGACAUACAAUGACAGUGACUCCACCUCUGGUCCAUCAGUCAAAGACAAAUAUGUCACUGCUCUGUAUUUCACUUUGAGCAGCUUGACAAGUGUGGGGUUUGGAAAUGUGUCUCCAAACACCAACUCUGAGAAGAUCUUCUCCAUCUGUGUCAUGGUCAUUGGAUCCCUAAUGUAUGCAAGCAUAUUUGGGAAUGUAUCUGCUAUCAUCCAGCGGCUUUACUCUGGUACAACGCGUUACCACACCCAAAUGCUACGGGUCAAAGAAUUCAUCCGCUUCCACCAAAUUCCAGGUGGUCUGCGGCAAAGGCUGGAGGAGUACUUUCAGCAUGCCUGGUCUUACACAAAUGGCAUAGACAUGAAUGCUGUGUUGAAGGGAUUUCCAGAGUCUUUUCAGGCAGACAUCUGUUUGCACCUAAACCGUUCUUUGCUACAAAACUGCAAGGCUUUCCGUGGAGGCAGUCAGGCUUGUCUGCGUGCCUUAGCUGUGAGGAUGAAGACCGUCCAUGCUCCUCCAGCAGACACCCUGAUUAACUACGGAGACAUCCUACACUCUCUCUUCUUUAUUUCUCGUGGAUCCAUCCAGGUUGUGAGGGAUGAUGUGGUGGUAGCAAUAUUGGAAAAAAAUGACAUCUUUGGCGAGCUUAUCUACCUCUAUGACGAACCAGGGAGGUCCAACGCAGAUGUGCACACCAUUACUUACUGUGAUCUGCACCGAAUCCCCCGCGAUGAUCUGCUUGAGGUCCUUGAUAUCUACCCGAGUUUUGCUGACAACUUCUGGAGGAAUUUGGAGAUCACAUUUGACCUGCGAGAUGCUGAUCAAGUGGCACCAUUAAUAACAACUGAUGAUUCUGGUGACGACGGCGAAUAUCGCCCCAAACCAAGACAUAGGAUUCACUCCCUUGACUGUAGAAUUAGGCCAGAUGGGAUCGAUGACGAGGACUCGUACCCCAUUCGGUCCUGUCAUCACUCUCCUCCUCAGGCCAGCUGGGAGGAUUUCUGGAGCUGUGGAUCCUCAUGCUCUCAGUCAAGCGAUGACCUGGCAAAGCCUCUUGCUCGCAAUGCUAGAGCAGAGCUUUCACUUCAAGAAGAUGCCAGACGGGACUACACUCCCUCUGUAGUGCAACUGCCGCCCCAGAUUGGAGCCUCAGUGGGGCGGGAUGUGGUGCUGGAUCAGGGCCAUCAAGCCUCAUCUUUAAAGGUUCCAGGAAUGUGUCGAUACUGGCCAGACCGACCGUCACAACAGUUUUCUAAUCAUGUCUAUAGAUCUUCCUCUGUCUGCAACUCAAACCACCCCCCACCAUUCUCAGAAGAAAGACCCAGCGAGCUUGAGUCUCGGCUUGAGCUUUUGCAUUCACAACUCAACAGACUUGAGACACGCAUGACAGCUGACAUCAACGUUAUUCUGCAGCUUCUCCAGAGACAGAUCGCUCCUGUACCUCCAGCUUACAGCACUGUAUCAUCCAGUACCCUCCCGACUGAUUCACCUGGUCUGUAUGGGACUGGCUCUCCAGUGCUGCACAGAAUGUUUCCCAUUUUUCCUGUACAGACAGACAGCCGGGCAUCGGCACAGACUUUGGAUCAGACUGACUUGAAAUCCUGCAAGAAGUCCCAGGAGUCACUUUCCAGUGGGAUCCAUAUGACAGCAGCAUCUGACGACACAUCAAUCAUGACCAUCACCCCUGAAACUGACACUCAUAAAGAGUUAAUUGCACAGCUGCCCCAGCAACCAGCCAGAUCAGCCCUCACAGCAAACUCCAGACUCUGCGAGAACCUCCGCUGCCCCUCACUGCCAGUGAACCUGGAUGUCACCUCGGGGGAGGCGGAAAUCCAGAAGCACGCCUCAGAUCCUGUGCUGCCCAUCAUCUGACAGCCAGCAACGUAACAACUCUAAUCUACUUAUAGGUUUUUAAAGGACCUAUGUAACAAGUCCACCUAUUUUGUCUGCAGACAAACAUGUAUCAGUCCACAUUUGGACAGCAAGUAGUCUCCAAAUUAGAUCAUGGUAGCCAAGAAAAAUUUCCAUUUGACACUAGUUUACAUACUGUCAGUUGCAAAGUACAUCUGAAGAACGUGCCUCAAGAGUAACAUUUAAAAACAUUUUUUCUGUGUAUUAAGGACUGACGCAGGACAGCUAUCAUUUUAUUUUUUUAUUGGACAAUUGCUCUUUCAUUUGUAUAACACUCAAAAUUUCUUCUGUAAAUUUGGUUGUGGUUUUGAUUUCAGCUCAUGAACUUGUAAGCCCUGUUCCAUUACUAUCCUGUAGGGCUUGACCCUGUGUUAACCUGGAGUAAUGGUUUCCAUGUACUGACUGAUAUUGUUACUU